CCGGCCGGGCCGGCCGGGAGAGCGGCGAACCGGGGCCAUGCCAUGCCCGUAGGGGAGAGAUGCCUUUUGGAAAUGGAGACACUGGAUCACAGCGCAAACAUGGCGUCCCCGCGGCCAGGCUGCCCCUCUCGGGCUGGUGCCUGCUCUGCUCCCUGCUGUGCGGGGGCUUCGCGGCCGCCCAGGAGACCCCGGCCCCCGCCUGCCAGCCCUGUGCCGCCGGCUGCUCCUGCACCGGCCCCGCCUGCAUCGUCAACUGCUCUGCCCGAGGGAUGGAGAGCCCGGGGACCGGCAUCCCCCCCACCGCCACAGCGCUGGACCUUUCCCAUAACGAGAUUGGUAUUUUAGAUGUUCAGAUAUUGGAAAGCCUGACUUCUCUGGCAAAACUAGAUAUAAGCCACAACAAGAUUUCUACAUUAGAAGAUGGAAUAUUUGAUAAUUUAUUUAAUUUAAGUGAAAUAAACUUAAGUUGGAAUCCAUUGGUUUGUGACUGCAAACUUUCCUGGCUGCCCCGUUGGGUGGAAGACAGCAAAGUGAGAGUUGUUGCGGCGUCGGACACGCGAUGCGCCCACCCUCCUGGGCUGGCAAACCUCUCCCUCUUCAAUGUCACCUUCCUCAAUGCUACUUGUGGAGCUCCGUACAUAACGUGUCUGAGAAGCAACCACACAGAAGAUGCUGGACCUGUCAUCCUCUUCACAUCUCUUCACCCUGGGAACCUCACCCAGGAGACCUGCAGUGCCCUCUGUUAUGCUGAAGACCAGGAGUAUGGGGGUUUCAGCACCCAGGGGCAGUGUUGGUGUGGUACUGCCCACGAACCAAACUCUUCCUCUGGUUGUUUGCCAUUUUGCACUGAGCAUUUGCCCGGCCAGACCUGUGGUGGCCCAUCCCUCAUCCCUUCCCCCUUCCAGGCACAGCUGCCCCUGUCUUUCACAGGACUCCAACCCCGGUACAGCCUGCACCAGGCUGUGCUCCUCAAUGUCAGUAUUCCCAUUGCUGCCAGCACUUUACUGUGGGAAUUUGGGGACCAGACAGAGGUUCUCAACACCACUGGAAAUGCAGUUCUCCACACCUAUGCCUUACCUGGGCAGUACAAUGUCACUGCCACCGUCUUCGUGGGUACCAAGGUCUUACACGUCCAGGCAGAAAUUGAAGUGGUGGCUCCACCCCAACAGAUAGAACUCCAGUGUCCUUCCUUGGUCAAGACAAAUGAGAGUCUGGACAUCAGGAUCCUCAACAGAGGUGGCACUGGCCUGGCAGUGUCCUACAGCAUCACCGCAGAGGCUGGAGAGCUAGGCAGAGCAGUUCACCCCAUGUGUCCUCCUGAUGGUUUGGUGUUCCCGAGCAACAACCACUGCUACCAGCUGGUGGUGGAGAAGGCUGAGUGGCUGGAAGCCCAGCAGCACUGCCAGGAACAUGGCAAUGGGGAGUUGGCUUUUGUCAGCAGCCCCGAGAUCCAGAGCUUCUUGGUUGCUCACGUCAUCAGGAGCCUCGAUGUCUGGAUUGGAUUCAAUGAUUUUGCAAGCACUGGAGCACAGCAAAGAGGAGAAGGAUUUAAUCUGGAGAGCUGUCAGAACUGGCUGCCAGGAGAACCCCAUCCAUCUAAUGCUGACCACUGUGUCCGGAUGGGCCCAACGGGGCAGUGUAACACAGACCUGUGCAUGGCCAAGCACAGCUAUGUCUGUGAGUACAAACCAAAAGGAGUGCUGUUAAAUGCUGAAAACUUCCUUGUGGGAGACCCUGUGUUUGGCACCCAGGAGGCUGUGAAGAGCCUGACAGAAGAUGUGCUGUCAGCUCCAUGGCAAGCUGGGGAGGUGAUGGUGUUCCCUGAGCUGGCAUUCAGGCACGAGGGAUAUUUGACUGCCCUGGAGUUUGUGACCCAGGAUCUCCAUCAUCCUGUUCAAGUGAGGUUCCAGGUGCACAGACCAGCAGAUGGAGAAGUUGACCAGGAGGGACAAAAUGCUACAGAACCAUUCCACACUGCUCAGGAUGAUGGGAACUGGACUCUACUUGAAUGUCCUCCUGAUUUCCAGUGGUGUCCUUUGACUAAUUUGUGCUCAUCACCAAACAACUGCUGCAAUGCCACCGACUGUGCCAACGCUUCUCUGGGCAGCAGCCCGACCCCCGGGGCCCUUCAGCACGAUGAAAAACUGCUCAGCUAUGAACUCAUCAAGGAAUUUCUCUUUACAAUACCACCUGGCCCUUCCUCCCAGUAUCUGAUGACAUUCAGAAAAGAAAGUGUUUUUGUCAGGACCAAGGACAUCUUCAGUCUCCAGCACAAUGCGGGAUGGGGCUCACUCCUCCAGUGCCACCCCAGUGCCACAUCCCCUUACAGAACCAACAUCUUCAGCACAAACUCUUCAGAAUGGGCUCUUGGUCUGACCAAUGGCACCUGGAUAAACAACACAGUUUGCUCUCUCCGAGUUGGUGCUGCUGAGGAGCAGCUGGUCCCUGUGAUCAGCCCCUCCAACACGGGGCUGGAGCAUCCAGGACAGUACACAGUCAGAGCCAGCGUGGACAAUGGGAUCUUCAGCACCAACCUCUCCUGCAGUUUUUGGGUGGCUUCCUGGGUGUCUGGGCUACGUGUCAUCUACCCAGCUCCUCAAGGCAGCAGGGUCUACCUGCCAUCCAACCACACCACCCUGGUGGUUAAACUCUCUUCAGGGGUGAACGCGACAGCCAGCUGGCUGGGAGACAGCCACAGCUUCCCCUUCCAAGGGUCCUGUCCUGCUGCUGUCACACCACUGACCUCAGACUGUGCCCGGGAGACCAAUGACACCUGGUUUGCAGUGGUCAGCCUGGGUGGGCUGCGGGAAGGGGUCAGCACCCACCUCCUGGUUGUGGAGAACGCCGUCAGCUCCCAGAACAUCACUGUGAUGGUGAAGGUGGAGGAGCCCAUCCGGGGGCUGCGGGCCACCCCGGACCCUGAGAGCAGAGUCCUGCUGAAUACACGGGUGAGCUACGUCCCUGUGAUGGAAGCUGGCUCAGAUGUGACUUUCCGAUGGACAGUAGAUGAUAAACCAUCUUUCACUUUUUACAAUGUUGUCUUCAACGUUAUCUACCAAAGCCCAGCUGUGUACAAGCUUUCGCUCACCGCCUCCAACCAUGUCAGCAACUUCACAGUCAAUUACAAUGUCACAGUGGAGAUGAUGAAUAAGAUGAAGAACCUGACUGUGGUGGUGUCCUGCCAGUCCUGCCUCAGAACAGCACCGUGGAGCUUACAGGCAAGAGUUCAGGUCGAUUCUGCAGUGGAUGCUCUGUUCCUGUGGGAUUUUGGAGAUGGUGCCCAGGACACAUACCUGUUCAGCCCUCCCUACAACAAAUCUUUCCUGGUUCCUGACCCCAGUGUCCACGAGGUGGUCAUUGAGCACAACGUUUCACACGUCUAUCAGGACCCAGGUGAAUACACCCUGAUGGUUCUCGUGUCAAACCAGUUCGAGAACCUCACUCACUUGACCCCAGUUCACAUCCACAGUUACCUGAUGGAUGUGAAGAUGGAAGCAGAGGAGGAUGUUUUAGUUGUGAGCCGUCCCAUCACCUUCAGAGCCAAUCCAUUGCCUUCUCCUUAUGGUGUCGUCUACACCUGGGACUUUGGGGAUGGUUCCUCACUGUUGACAGAGAGCCAACCUACAGUGACUUACAGCUACACCAGGAGAGGGGUGUACAACGUCACCUCUGACAGCCAACACACCAUAAGCAGCGUGGUGACAGUCGAGUGCUACCAAGUGUUUGAAGAGAUCACUGGGCUCCAAGUCUCAGCAGAGGAGGCAGCAGAGCUGGGAGCAUCUGUGACCAUCAAUGCUUCAGUGCAGACAGGGGACAGUGUCACCUGGAUAUUUGACAUGGGGGACGGGACAGUGCUGAGGAGUCAGGAGCCAGUGGUGGAACACGUGUACAUAAAGGACGUCAACUGCACUGUGAACGUGACAGCUGUCAACCCUGUCAACUCUGUCUCCCAAACCGUGCCUGUUCGGAUAUUUGUCCUGGAAGUGCUGAAAAUCGAGCCAACCUCCUGCAUCCCUGAGCACCCUGGGGUGCAGCUGACUGCCCACGUGACGGGCAGUCCUGGGGAAUACAUCUUUGAUUGGACUUUUGGAGACGGCUCAUCCAAUGUCACAGUCAGCGGGGACCCCGUGGUGGUGCACAACUUCACCCGCAGUGGGAUCUUCCCCCUCUCCCUGACCCUCUCGAGCAGGUUCAACAAGGCUCACUACUUCACUAGUGUCUGUGUAGAGCCAGAGAUAGUCAAUGUCACCCUGCUCCCUUCCAAGCAGUUUGUGAGGUUGGGUGAAGAGAGCAGCUUCCAGGUCAGCACCCUGCCCCUCUACCAGUACCGCUACCGCUGGGAUUUUGGGAACAAUGAGUCCACUAGGUCGAGUGGGACUGAAGUCACCUACACCUACAAGAACACAGGGGUCUUCCUGGUCACGGUGACAGUCUCCAACAAUGUCUCCUUCAACAACGACACGGCAUUCGUGGAAGUCCAGGAGCCGGUUGGGGUGGCAAAGAUUGAAUAUAACGGGACGGACGUUUUGGAGCUGAACCAGAUCUACCUGUUCUCUGCCAGCAUGAACGGGACCAAAGUGAGUUACUGCUGGGACUUUGGAGAUGGCACCACCCAGCCUGGGCAAAUUGUCACCCACGCCUACAACAGCACGGGCCACUACACUAUUGGUGUGACGGGCCAGAAUGACGUGAGCUUUAACGAGAGCGUCAUCGAGGUGACGGUGAAGCGGCGGCUCCAAGGGCUCUCCAUCAAUGCCAGCAGGACAGUGGUGCCCUUGAAUGGGUCGGUGAGUUUCGUAGCCACGCUGGCAGCUGGCAGUGCCAUCCGCUACUCCUGGAUCCUCUGUGACAGGUGCACCCCUAUCCAAGGCUCCUCCACCAUCUCCUACACUUUCCGCUCCGUGGGCACGUUCAACGUCAUCGUGACGGCAGAGAACAAGAUCAGCUCGUUGCAGGACAGCAUCUAUGUCUAUGUCCUGGAGCAGAUCGAGGGCCUGCAGGUGGCUAGCAGUGACCUGGUGGAGGACAUCUAUUUCCCAACUAACAAAACGCUCCAUCUGCAGGCAGUGGUGAGAGAAGGAACAAACAUCUCUUACAGCUGGGUAGCCCAAAGGGAUGGCAAUGCCCUGCAGACCUCCGCUGGGAAAACCUUCUCCUUGAGCCUCCUAGAAGCUGGAAACUGCACGGUCUAUCUGAAAGCCACUAAUAUGCUGGGGUGGGCAACUGCUAACAGGACGCUGGAGUUUGUUGAAAGCAUUGGUCUUCUGAAGCCUUAUGCCUUCCCCAACCCAGCUGCUAUUAAUGCCUCUGUCAACAUCAGCACCGCCGUGACCAGCGGCACUGGCGUCACCUACGUGUGGUACCUAGAGGAUGGCUUCUCUCCAGUUACCACUGAGCCCUUUAUUAUACACUCCUUCCAAAGCCCCGGGGUGAUAGAGGUUGUCAUUGGAGCAGAAAACAAGCUGGACUCAACCAAUGCAACAAUUUAUAUCUGUGUGGAGGAGGUCAUAGAAGGGCUGAGUAUAGGGACUGCAGAACUGGACUGCAGGUACGUCUCCUCGGGCUCCACGGUGGUCUUUGAGGGGGAGCUGCAGAAAGGGACUGAAGUGAGGUGGCUUUGGGAGGUUCCCAAUGGCACGUUGACUGGGCAGUCCGUGGCAGUGCUGUUCCCCACAGCAGGGUUGUACACGGUCCAUCUGAAUGCAUCCAAUGACAUCAGCUGGGCCCUGGCCAGCAGGAACAUCUCAGUGCUCGACAGGAUCCAAGGCCUGGAAGUUCUUGCCAGCAAGAAGGUGGUGGAGCCCGGGGAGCAGGUCACCUUUGUGAUCAGGAUGUUGUCGGGUACCUCUGUGACUUACUUGGUGAGCAUAAGUGGAGACUACUCCGUGGUGCUCAACGGGUCCAGGUACAGCCACGAGUUCACCAAGAGCGGGGAUUAUUUGGUGACGGUGACGGUGCAGAACCAGAUCAGCAUCGCGCACGCUCAGGUGCUCAUCUCUGUCCUGGAGGCCAUCCGGGAUGUCCAGCUCCUGAACUGCUGUGAGGAAGGCAUAGCCACGGGCACAGAGAAGACCUUCAGUGCCCGGGUGGGAAGUGGCUCCCGUGUGUCAUUCUCCUGGCAGUUCUCCCUCUGGAAAGAGAACGGUCGAUCCGUAGUCACUGGGGCAGGAGAGAGGGUUUCCUACACUCCAGAAGCUGCAGGGCUGCUGGAGAUUCACCUCCUCGCCUUCAAUGACUUGGGAGGUAUCAAUGUCAGCAGAACCAUCCGGGUCCAAGACCCGAUAGUCCGAGUCUCCCUCAGUGCCUCCAAUGCCUUUGUCAACAGGACAGCAGUGUUUGAAGCAGCAGUGGUGCCCAGCAGCAGGAGCGUUGAGUUCCUCUGGACCUUUGGGGAUGGUUCUUCCACACAGAUGACCAGGGUUGCAGUGGCCAACUAUUCCUACCUGAGCCCUGGGGAUUACGUGGUGGAGGUGAAUGCCACCAAUCUCAUCAGCUUCUUCAUAGCCCACCUGACUGUCACUGUCAGAGUCCUGGAGUGUGAGGAGCCAGAGGUGGAGCUGGCCUUGCCCCCUCAAGUCGUCAUGAAGCGGUCCCAGAGGAACUACCUGGAGGCACAGAUCGACCUCCGAGGGUGCAUCAAGUACCAGACAGAGCACCUAUGGGAGAUCUACCAAGCACCCAGCUGCACCAACUUGGAUGACUCCAGCAGGAUCCACCUGCCCAACGUUGAUGUCAACAGGCCCCAGUUAGUUAUACCAAAGCUUGCCCUGGAAGUUGGGAACUAUUGCUUCAUGUUUAUUGUCUCCUUUGGAGACACCCCGCUGUCCAAAAGCAUCUUUGCCAAUGUCACUGUGAUACCAAGUAAGCUGGUCCCCAUCAUUGAUGGGGGGUCAUACCGGGUGUGGUCCAACACUCAGGACUUAAUCUUGGAUGGGGAGAAAUCCUAUGACCCCAACCUGGAUGAUGGAGAACAGACUCCGUUGCUCUACGAAUGGUCCUGCACGUCCUCCUCCAAGAGCUCGGCUGCAGGGUGCUCUCUGAAUUUCAGUGCCAAGGAAGGAAUUGUCACAAUUUCCAAAGCUGUAUUAGAAGCAGAUGUGGAGUAUACGUUCGACCUCACCGUCAGGAAGGAGGGAAUGAGUCCCGAGGCAACAAAUCAAACCGUAUUCAUCAAGAGGGGAGGAGUCCCCAUUGUGUCCCUGGAGUGUGUUUCCUGCAAGGCUCAGUCUGUCUAUGAAGUCAGCAAGAGCUCCUAUGUCUACCUGGAGGGGACCUGCCAGAACUGUCACAACGACUCCAAGCUUGGGAGGUGGGCAGCACACAGCUUUAAAAACAAGUCUCUCAUCCUGGACAAAAAAACCACCUCCACUGGUGACACGGGCAUGAACCUGGUGUUGAGGCAAGGGGCCCUGAAGGAUGGGGAGGGUUACACCUUCACCCUCCACAUCACAGACCUGACAACAGGGGAGGAAGGGUUUGCCUCCAUCGAUCUGCUCCCAAACCAGCCACCCAUUGGAGGAUCCUGCCAGCUGUCUCCCAAGGGACCCCUCCAAGCACUGAUGGCAAAGGUGCACUUUGAGUGUACAGGCUGGAGGGACACGGAGGAGGCAGAGGGCCCACUGGUGUACAUCCUCCUGGCCUCCCGCCUCCGGGCUGGGCACUACCACGAGUUCUGUGUCUACAAGGGCAGCAGGGCUGAGCACGGAGCCUUCCUGCCCACGGGCUUCCACGAGAGUGGCUUCCUGGUGUCUGUGGCCGUCCUGGUUCAGGACCAGCUGGGAGCCACCGUGGUGGCCAUUAACCGCUCCAUGGCCAUCACCUUACCCAAGGGUUUCCCCAGCCUCUCCCUCUGGCUCUACAACCAAACUGACACCGUGCUCCAGGGCUUGGUGAAACAAGGAGACCCUCAGCAGGUCAUCGAGUACUCUCUGGCCCUCAUCACCAUCUUAAAUGAGUAUGAACGCUCUGAGCUGCUGGAACCUGACACUGGGAAUGAGUUUGAGCUCCGGACCUGGACCCGAAACAACAUCACAGAAACCCUGAACUCCCUGAGUGUCAACACAGUUGAUGACAUCCAGCAGAUCUCUGCUGCCUUGGCUCAGUGCACGAUGGUGAGCAAGGAGCUGGUUUGCAAGUCCUGCCUGACAAGGACCUUGAACAAGCUGGAGACCAUGAUGACAAUUCUGCAAGGGGAGACGACCCAGGGCACUGUGACACCAACUGGGAUUGCUGACAACAUCCUCAACAUCACAGGUGACCUGAUUCAUCUUGUCAAUACAGCUUCACAAGAACCCAACCCCCAGGAGCUGCUUGCUGAUUCCCACAAUUUGCUGCUGGCUCCCAAAGCCUACAACCUCUCCUCCAGCCUGAUGCGCAUCCUCAUGAAGUCCCGGGUGCUGAACGAAGAGCCCCUGGAGCUGGUGGGAGGAGAAAUUAAAGCCACGGGCAAGAGGUCUGAUCCCUUUAACUUGCUUUGCUACGAGAACACCCCAAACUGCCAGUUCUCCAUCCCCCAGGCCUUCAACACCACCCUGUCCAACCUGACGGAUGUCAUCCAAGUCAUGUUCCAAGUGGACUCCAAUCCUUUCCCUUUUGGUUACAUCAGCAACUACACCGUGUCCACAAAAGUGGCCUCCAUGGAGUUCCAGACACACACUGGGGUGCAGAUCCCCAUCGGGAGCCUGGACUCAGAGAAAGCCAUCACUGUCAUGGUGUCCAACAGCUCAGGUGCUGACAAUCUGGCUGCUGGCACUGGGGUCAUCGAGCCGAGGACAUCUGUGAACCUCAUUGUGACCAUGGAGAGCAACAACAGAGAAGCAGGACUGCACUUCCAGCUCACUUACAGAGUCCUGAAUGAUCACUACCUUGCAAGUGAGCCUGAGCCAUUCAUCAUGGCUUAUCUCCAUCAUGAGCCAGAGCCCAACGAGCACAACUGCACUGCUGCCAAGAAGAUCAGCCUGGAGGCCCUGGCUGGAACUGACCACAAGCUCUACACCUUCUUCACCUCCCCCAGGACGGAUGACACCAUCCAGACAUACUACUUCAACAUCACCAACCAUUUCAGCUGGUCCCCAGUGGAGGUGACUCUGGGGCUCUACACCUCCCUCUGCCAGUACUUCAGUGAGCAGGAGAGACGCUGGAAGACAGAAGGCAUCAUUCCACUGGAAGAAACCAGGCCAGACCAGGCUGUGUGCUUAACCCAGCACCUCACUGCCUUUGGGGCCAGUCUCUUUGUCCCCCCAAACUCCGUCCAGUUCAUCUUUCCUGCUCCAGGCCCAGGUCUCAACUACAUUGUUCUGCUGACAUGUGCUGUCUGCUUUGUCACCUACUCGGUGGCCGCUCUGAUCGUGCACAAGUUGGACAUGAUCGACAUCACCCGAGUGGGAGUGAUCCCCUUCUGUGGGAAGAAUGGGCUAUACAAAUAUGAGAUCCUGGUGAAAACUGGCUGGGGACGAGGGUCAGGCACCACGGCCCACGUGGGGAUUGCCCUGUAUGGUGUGGACAACAAAAGUGGGCACAGACACCUGGAUGGGGAGCACUCCUUCCAGCGCAACAGCCUCGACGUCUUCCGCAUCGCCACCGAGCGCAGCCUGGGCAGCAUCUGGCGCAUCCGUGUCUGGCACGACAACAAAGGACUCAGCCCCUCUUGGUACCUGCAGCACGUUAUAGUCCGGGACUUGCAGAGCAGCAAGAGCUACUUCUUCCUGGUGAAUGACUGGCUGUCUGUGGAGAGUGAGGAGAAUGAUGGCAUGGUGGAGAAGGAGAUCUAUGCAGCCAGUGAGACAGAGCUGAGGAGUUUCUCCCGGAUCUUCAGAGCAGAGCUGCAAAGAGGUUUCUUUGAGAAGCACGUGUGGCUGUCCCUCUGGGACCACCCCCCUCGCAGCCGCUUCACCCGCGUCCAGAGAGCCACCUGCUGCUCCCUCCUCAUCUUCCUCUUCCUCUGUGCCAACGCCGUGUGGUACGGGGUGGUGGGGAAUGUCCACCUCAGCCCUGGGGCCGUCUCCAACCUGAUCCCUGUCAACAUGGACACAGUGGCUGUUGGUCUGGUCUCCAGCGUGGUGGUUUACCCUCUCUACCUGGUCAUUUUAUUCCUCUUCCGGAUGGCUCGUGCCAAGGUCUCCAUCAACCACACCCUGACCCACUCAGACCAGCAGUCCUUGGAGAUUGACAACUACCUGGACUCCUCAAUCCUUGACAGCUCCUUCCCCACCUUCCCCGGGCUCCGGGCAGAGGCCUUCUCUGAGCAAACCAAGACAGAUCUCUUCUUGGAGGACUCCAAAAGCCUGGUGAGGUGGCCCUCCAGUGAAGCCCUGCUGAGCUGGCCAGACCUCCUCAGUGACCCCUCCAUCAUGGGCAACACCAUCCAGAAGCUGAAGAGAGGCCGGGCCAGCCGACACCUCGGACUGGAGGCCCCGUUGGCAACUGAGGAGGACAACUUGUCCCUGGGUGUUCACCAGGGACAGCCUCGCUAUUUCUCAGCCUCAGAUGAGGAUCUGAUCCGGCAGAUCCUGGCAGAUGGAGCCAGUGGCAUCUCCCACUCCCAGGACCUGGGGCCCUACAUGAGGGCAGAAACAGAUCUGAUCUCAGGCCUGUCCAGUGUGUUUGGGGAGAAGGUGGAGACUGUCAUGAUGCAGAAGCUGAAUGACAAAGGGCAGAGCAUCCCUGGUCCCCCCCGGGAAGUCAGCAGAUCAGCCAAGUCAACGUGGACAGUUGCAGACCCAACGUUCAGGAAGCGCUUGCUGCCCCCCUGGUGCUCCUCCCUGGCUCAUGCUCUCAGUCUCCUCCUCUUUGCCACCUCCACGGGGGUCUCUGUGUGGAUUGGGGUGGGCUUUUCCUCCAGUGUUGCCCUCAUGUGGCUCAUCUCAGGGAUAUUCAGCUUUCUGGCAUCCUUCUUGGUCUGGGAGCCCCUGAAGGUUCUGCUGGAAGCCCUCUACUUCUCACUGGUUGCCAAGCGCUUGCACCCAGAGGAGGACGAUACCUUGGUGGAGCAUCCCUUUGUGGAGCCUGUUUCUGAGAAGAUCAGCAAAGUCAGACCCCCACAGGGGUUUGCCCUGUUCCAGGCCAAGGAGGAGGCCAGGAAGGUCAAACUGCUACACAGGAUGCUCAAGAAUUUCCUCAUCUACAUGAUGUUCCUGCUGGUGAUCCUGCUCACCAACUAUGGAGAUGCCUCUCGCCACAGCCAGGCUUUCCUCCUGCAGAGCUCCAUCAAGCAGCAGUUGGGCACCAGCGAAUUCCUCCGCAUCAAGAGGUCAGAUGAGUUCUGGGUGUGGAUGUCAGAGGUCUUCCUCCCUUACCUCUACAACAACCACUCGGGGCAGGAGAGCUCCAGCACCACACUGGGGAGCGCGCGGCUGCGGCAGCUGCGCCUGCAGGGAGCCCAGUGCCAGCAGAGUGUCCAGGAUCUCCUCACUGCUGCCAGGAGGAACUGCACCAACUCCCAGGGCUUUGCUACUGCUGCCUACACAGCUGGCUGGGAGAGGGCAGCUGGGAAUGGGACUGGUCCUACUGGGACUGCCUGGUCCUACUCACCACCUGACCUCACAGGGGUCUGGUACUGGGGUUACAUCUCCUUCUACGAUAGCAGUGGUUACAUCCAGGAGCUGGGGGCUUCUCUGGAGGAGGGCAGGGCUCAGCUGGAUUUCCUGCAGCAGCACACCUGGAUUGACAACAUGACUCGGGUGGUCUUUGUGGAGCUGAUGCAGUACAACCCCAGUGUGGAUCUGCACGCUGCCAUCACCCUGCAGCUGGAGUUCCUGGGGGCUGGCCAGGCCAUUGCCACUGUCACCAUCAGCCCCUUCCCACUGCUGAGGCUCAGCGGGGGGGUCACCCUGCAGCUUCUCAUGAUGGUCUUCCUCAUGCUGUUUGUGGUUUACUUUGUGGUGUCUGAGGCACUGUCCAUCAAGAAGGAAGGCAGAGCCUACUUCACCCUGUGGGGUAACUACAGCCAGUGGGUCUUCAUCCUGCUCACCACCAGCAUGGUGCUGGUGCACCUCAGCCAGGCCACCCUUGCUGACCAGCAGUGGCUCAAGUACCUGCACAACCGCAGGGCUUUCACCAACUUCUACCAGGUGGCCUUUCUCAACACCAUCUUCAGCACUUUGGCUGCAUCCCUCCUCUUCCUCCUGACUGUGCAGGCUGCCCAGCAGCUGCGUUUCGUCAGGCAGUGGUCGGUGUUUGGGAAGACCCUCCAGAAGUCUGCCAGGGAGCUGGUGGCUGCAGGGCUGGCAUUCACCAUCCUCAUCCUGGCCUAUGCUCAGCUUGGCUUCCUGCUCUUCUCCUCCUCCUCGGAGUCCUUCCGCAGCAUUGGCAGCAGUCUCCUGCUGCUCUUUGCCAUGCUGAGGGGCAGUGUCAACCUCCAGCCCUUCCUGCCCCACUCCUCGGGCCUCUACUGCCUCUUCUGCACCAGCUACAUCGUCCUGGAGGUGUGGAUCAUCCUGAGGCUCUUCAGCGUGGUGCUGCUGUACAGCUACAGGGAGAUGCAGCUGGAGCUGUACCGCCCUGCCUUCGAGCCCCAGGACUAUGAGAUGGUGGAGCUCUUCCUGCGCAGGCUCAAGAUGUGGAUGGGCUUCAGCAAAGCCAAGGAGUUCCGGCACAAGGUGAGGUUUGAAGGGAUGGAGCCACUGCCUUCCCGAGACUCCAGCGACUCCAAAUCCUUCCGGGGCCCCACUCCCAGCGCCGCCUCCGACAGCUCCAGAGCUUCCACCUCCUCCAGCCAGCUGGAUGGGCUCAGCCUGGUGCUGAGCACCCGGGACAGCCUGGAAGUGGACGCUGACAUCCAACGCCUCCUUUCCCUCUUUGAGAUGCUGCUGGCCCAGUUUGAUCGGGUCAACCAGGUGACCGAGGACCUGUACCGCAUGGAGCACCAGCUCCGGGGCUCCCGCAGCCGCCGCUCCCGCACCGGCAGCCCCCGGGAGGAUGUUCCCCAGCAGGGCCCCUCUGCUGACAGCUCCUCUGAGACGGACCCCCAGCCCCCGCGGGACCCCCCGUUGUCCCCUCAUUGUCCCCCAGUGCCCCCGGGCAGCCGGGGCUCUGUCCCCAGCCGGCUCCUUCGGGCCAGCAGAGGCCUCAGCGCUGCGGGCUCCGUGCUGCCCCCGCACAAACCCCGCAGCCCCGGAGCUCCAGCGGGGAGGAAGAAAAGGUCCCUGCGGGCCAAGAACAGAGUCCAUCCCGCUGUCAAAUAACAGGCGGGGGAAGCAACGCCUCGGGAGGGCAGCGAGAGCCCAGGAAAGGGUUUGCAGAGGGUGGGCUGUGCCCACCGGGCAGACCGGGAGCAUCCUCAGGAGCUGCCGCUUCGAGAAGCUCCCACCGCGGCGGCUGGGACUGCCGGGACGUAGCGGGACCGCCCCCCGAACCGGGACCAUGCCCCGAGCCGGGACCGCCCCCUCCCAUCCCGCCAGUCCCGCUGACCUCCCCCCGGGGAGGUCUCCAGAGGUGAGGGUCGGAAAAGGCUGAGCCUUUCCCCGGGGUUGGGUCAGAUGAUGCCCCUCGGGGCAGGGCAGUAUUAAAAAGUCGUUUAUUUUGUUAAAUGGUCCCGUCUGCAAACGGCCACCCCCGGUGGAAAGUCACUGUCCCGGGGUGGCACAGGGUGACGGGUACAGAGCUCCCCCCCCUUCCCUUCCCUGCUGGCUGUGCCGGAUGGAAACGGGGAGAGGGGAGCCCCAGGCCUUGAAGGUUUGAACUGAGUCUUGGGUUUUUUGUUGACCAGACACACUGUGGAGGAAAGCUACAGGUUUCAAGAAGAUAUUUAAUCU